GAGCUUGAGGGAGGAGGAGGAGGAGGAGGAGGAAGAGGAAGGGGAAGGGGGUGGUGGUGGUGGUGACCGAGCCUCCUCUCGCUCUCUCACGCUCCAACCCUGCUCUGGCUGACACCCUCCCGCUUUCCUGCGUCCUCUUUCUAAACCAGACUCCUGGGUUUUCUAGGCAGAAUUAAGGGGAGAAUCUGGGGAGACAGGGUUAGGAAUUUUUUCGGGGGGGGGGGACGGUGGUGUUGCGAAUUCCACACCCCCACCUCGUCUCCUGGGUUCCCUCCCCUCAUUUAUUGGUCUCAUUUUUGAGGAGGAAGGUGUUGUAAAUUAGUUUGUUGUGUAUGUGUGUGUGUGUUGGAGGGAGAGUGGUAAAGGGUACCUUUUUGCUUCUUCCACCUCCCCCUUCUCUUCCCCCUUUCCCCUCCCCCUCUUGCUCUCCCUUCACCCGGUGGUGCUGCUACUGUUGCUGCAAACCCCGCAGUAUGAGGUGGUGCUGGCUGCUAAGGCCAGUGGGCUGGUGGCCUCUCCUGCUGCCUGGGGAACACUGAGAGCCAACCAGAAGGGGGGAACCUCAUUUCUUCCCCCGUGGGGGGGGGGACCGGACGCUCUUUUAUUUUUCCUCUCUCCAUCCGAAAGGACGCGACUAAUAUAUGAAGACUGUGUGUGGACAGUAAUGACCGCACGCUUCCGAUUGCCAGCUGGCAGAACUUACAAUGUACGAGCAUCUGAGCUGGCACGAGACAGACAGCAUACAGAAGUGGUCUGCAAUAUCCUUCUCUUGGAUAACACUGUACAAGCUUUCAAAGUCAAUAAACACGAUCAGGGACAAGUUCUCUUGGAUAUAGUCUUCAAACAUCUUGAUUUAACUGAGAGAGAUUAUUUUGGUUUACAGUUGGCUGAUGAUUCUACAGACAAUCCAAGGUGGCUGGAUCCAAACAAACCAAUAAGGAAGCAGUUGAAAAGAGGAUCUCCUUAUAGUUUGAACUUGAGAGUCAAAUUUUUUGUAAGUGAUCCCAACAAGCUACAAGAAGAAUAUACAAGAUACCAGUAUUUUUUGCAAAUUAAACAAGAUAUUCUUACUGGAAGAUUGCCCUGUCCUUAUAAUACUGCUGCCCUUUUGGCUUCCUUUGCUAUUCAAUCUGAAUUGGGAGACUACGACCAUUCAGAAAACUUGCCUGGCUACCUCUCUGAUUACUCUUUCAUCCCUGGUCAGCCUCAAGACUUUGAAAAAGAAGUCGCAAAAUUGCAUCAGCAACAUAUAGGAUUAUCUCCUGCAGAAGCAGAAUUUAAUUAUCUGAACACAGCUCGAACCUUAGAACUAUAUGGAGUUGAAUUGCACUAUGCAAGGGAUCAAAGUAAUAAUGAAAUUAUGAUUGGUGUAAUGUCAGGAGGAAUACUAAUUAACAAGAACAGGAUACGAAUGAACACCUUUCCAUGGUUGAAGAUUGUAAAAAUUUCAUUUAAGUGCAAGCAGUUUUUUAUUCAACUUAGAAAAGAAUUGCAUGAAUCUAGAGAAACAUUAUUGGGAUUCAAUAUGGUAAAUUAUAGAGCAUGUAAGAAUUUGUGGAAAGCAUGUGUAGAACAUCACACAUUCUUCCGUUUGGAUAGACCACUGCCACCUCAGAAGAAUUUUUUUGCACAUUAUUUUACUUUGGGUUCAAAGUUCCGAUACUGUGGGAGAACAGAAGUCCAGUCUGUACAAUAUGGCAAAGAAAAAGCAAAUAAAGACAGGGUAUUUGCAAGAUCCCCAAGUAAACCUUUGGCACGGAAAUUGAUGGAUUGGGAAGUAGUGAGUAGAAAUUCAUUGUCUGAUGAAAGAUUAGAAACACAAAGUUUACCAUCACGCUCUCCACCUGGAACACCAAAUCAUCGAAACUCUGCAUUUACCCAAGAGGGAACUCGACUACGACCAUCCUCAGUUGGACACUUGGUAGACCAUAUAGUCCAUACCUCUCCGAGUGAAGUUUUUGUGAACCAUAGAUCUCCUUCAUCAACACAGGCUAAUAGCAUCAUUCUGGAAUCAUCACCAUCUCAAGAGAACUCUGAAGAUGGGCAGCCUCCUGCCUUACCACCUAAACAAUCUAAGAAGAACAGUUGGAACCAGAUUAAUUUCUCAUACUCCCAGCAAGACCUGGACAACCAUAUUAAUGAAACAUUUGAUGUUCCUACUUCACCAGAAAAAUCUACACCCAAUGGUGGUAUUCCUCAUGAUAAUCUUGUUGUGAUCAAAAUGAAACCCGAUGAGAAUGGAAGGUUUGGAUUCAAUGUAAAGGGUGGAUAUGAUCAGAAGAUGCCUGUGAUAGUUUCUCGUGUGGCUCCAGGAACAUCAGCUGAUCUCUGUGUCCCUCGAUUGAAUGAAGGGGAUCAAGUUGUACUAAUUAAUGGCAGGGACAUCGCAGAACAUACGCAUGAUCAAGUUGUCAUGUUUAUUAAAGCUAGCUGUGAGAGACACUCAGGGGAACUUGUGCUCCUAGUUCGGCCCAAUGCUGUAUAUGAUGUAGUAGAAGAAAAAUUUGAGAAUGAACCAGACUUCCAAUAUAUCCCCGAAAAAUCCCCACUAGAUGGUGUUCAUCAAAAUGAUAAUGCCUUGAGGGAAUCAAUGAUCCAACUUGCUGAGGGUCUUGACACUGGAACAAUUCUUACACAGUUUGAUCAGCUCUAUAGGAAAAAGCCUGGAAUGACAAUGUCUUGUGCCAAAUUACCUCAAAAUAUUUCCAAAAAUAGAUACAGAGACAUUUCGCCUUAUGAUGCCACACGGGUCAUUUUAAAGGAAAAUGAUGACUAUAUCAAUGCAAAUUAUAUAAAUAUGGAAAUCCCUUCUUCCAGCAUUAUAAAUCAGUACAUUGCAUGUCAGGGACCAUUACCAAACACUUGUAUGGAUUUUUGGCAGAUGACUUGGGAGCAAGGUUCCUCUGUGGUUGUAAUGUUGACGACACAAGUGGAACGAGGCAGAGUUAAGUGUCACCAAUAUUGGCCAGAACUCACAGAAAGUUCAUCAUAUGGGAAUUUCCAGGUCACCUGCCAUUCUGAAGAAGGGAAUUCUGCUUAUGUCUUCAGAAACAUAACACUAUAUAACUUAGAGAAAAAUGAGAGUCGUCAGCUCACCCAGAUCCAGUACAUAGCCUGGCCUGACCAUGGAGUCCCUGAUGAUUCAAGUGACUUUCUUGAUUUUGUCUGUCAUGUACGAAAUAAGAGAGCUGGCAAAGAAGAGCCUAUCAUUGUUCAUUGCAGUGCUGGGAUUGGACGAACAGGGGUUCUUAUCACUAUGGAAACAGCUAUGUGUCUCAUUGAGUGCAAUCAACCAGUUUAUCCACUGGAUAUUGUAAGGACAAUGAGAGAUCAAAGAGCCAUGAUGAUUCAAACACCUAGUCAAUACAAAUUUGUUUGUGAAGCAAUUUUGAAGGUUUAUGAAGAAGGAUUUAUUAAACCUGUAAAAACAUAGUUGUAUAAAUAAGAGAGCAAAAGGGCUGGGAUCUUUGUUGAAACAUUCUUGUCCAUUAUAACAGAACUGGCUAUAUCCACUGUGCUGCCAUAAUACUACUUACAGACAAUGGCAUCAGAGAAACAAUGAAGAAUUGAGAAAAAUUGACAAAAGACUUAGAAAAUUCAGCACUGUUGCACUUUAUGUUGAAACAAAAGUCAGUCUCUCAAACUCUAUAACUCUCAUGUUUUGAAGACAUUCUUUCAUUCUUUGCUCCGAACAAAGGAAAAAAAUGAAUGAACUUAAAUGGGUUCAGAGUAAUUUAUGAAAUGUCAUGGUAAUGCUCAUUCAGUCAUCUUCUGGUUGAAUUGCUGAAAACAAGGCUUGGAAUUCUCACCAUCUGUGUUACACACUUGCAUCUUGGAAACAAAAAUAAGUAAAUGUCAGACAUUAGCCACAUUCUCUUCUGUUUCAUAUAUUUACAGUGUACUGGUUCUUUUUUUUAAAAAAAAACAUUAGCAAUAUUCUGAAUAUUAGCCAAUACACUGCCUAUUGAUGUGGCACAUUUUACUCAACACUCCCCCCUAAUAGAUCUACUGGCUAUUAGAAUAAAAAUGGAAAUUUCUUUUGUCAGGAAGAUGCCCAUUUGCCAGCAUCUUAGAGAAAGUAUAAAUAUGAACCUGCAGAAUGCCUUGCAAUGGAGAACAUGGCAGACUCAGUCCAUAAAAGUGGUUUGUUUCAAGUCAUGUAACUUCUCAUACACUAUGUAAAUGAAUGCAUGCAUUAUGUCUUAACCCCUUAAGUGCCUUUAGACUUCCCAAAUGGCUAAUGAAAAGGCACUCAUACAACCCUGUGGGGAAGGUGUGUAUAGUGUACAUUUUCAUCUUUUUAUGCAUUUUGAAUGGGUUCACAUUUUCUAAUGGUAACUAGUAUUGCAAGUAUAUAUAGUGAUAGAAGGGGUCAAGAAAAUGCCAUUCCUUCCUUUUUAUUCAAUGCUUAUUUGUUCCUGUGAAAAACAAAGCUAUUUUACUAGUAAAUGAGCUCUCUGCGGCUGUGAAAUUAUUUUAAAAUCCAGCACAUUCCGUUGGGGGAGAGGGUACAGUUCAGUGAGAGCUACUAGGUUUCUCAGAUUGGAUGUUCUUAAUUUUAUCCCUGUCCUGCCUUUUAAUGCCAAUAUGAAGAAUACAUUGAUACUACAAACCUAAAUUUAUAACAAUGAAUUACGAUUAUUUUCUUCCCAUCUACAAAAUUUACUUCAAAACUCAUGUUGACUGACUCAUCCUUUGUCCACACUGCUGUGUUUGGUUUUGUGUCUUUUAAAUAAGUAAUGAUGCACUGUUGGUUUGUUUUCAGAUUUUAUUUCUUAUUGACUAUGACUGUAGUUUUUCGUCACUGUGUUGUACAAUUAAAUUGUUCCUGUUUGCAUGUACUACUUAUUUAAAUUAUAUACAUAUCAGAAGGAAGAGUUUUAUCUCUAACUGAUAUAAUAUCAGAGUUCUUUUUUUGUAGCCUGUGGGAAGAAAGAUUUUUUUAAUUGCCCAGUUUGAUAUACAUAAGGAUUUACUCACCUAUUUUGAAUGUGAGAUGAAAAGAUGAUUUUAUAUAUAUAUAUAUAUAUAUGUGUGUGUGUGUGUAUAUGUAUGUACAUAUAUUAUGACUGAGAAUAGAUGCUAUUUACAAAUGGUUUUCUCAAGAUUUUUGUUUAGUCUUAAUAAAUUAUGUAGAAUGUAGAUUCAAAUGGUAGGCAUUUUAGAAUGCCAUUUUAGGAUGAUAAAAAUAUUGCGCACUGUGAGAAAUUUCAGUAUAAUCUAUAUGAAUAAUUAUAAGUUAAUAAAAGUCUCAAAUAAUCAGGACCCGUGAUGUUUUGCAGGAAUUAUACUAAAUAGUAAAGUUAAAUGUAACUGAUAAUUGAAGGUAAAUUCUGUUACUUUGUGCCCAGAUAACAUCAUCUUCCCAACAUGAACAAUAAAGAAAUAGUUAGACCUAUUUAAAAAUUCUGUCCUCUACCAAACACAGAGAAAUACAGUGUUGAUUCCUAUAUAAUACCAACAGAACUUGGUGAAAAGUGAAAAAUACAGUCAAGUAAUCAGAUAAUUUUCUCUAUAAAAUACCAAAUAACAGGUUUGACUAAUGUAUUUUUUCCUUUAAAACUGAAAUUUUAAUUUAGCAUUGUAUAAAAGAAAGCCAGUGUGAAAAUAAGACCAAGAAGGGCGAGAUUACAUGCAUGUGAACAUGUGUAAAUAUCAUGGCUGAUAUUUCUCAUUAGUGAAAGUUUCUUCUUGGGCUAUUGUUAUCAGCUAUAAUCAUUGUGGGGUUUGUUUUUUUAGUUUUUACUACUUCAUUAGUGCCUAUAAGUAAAUGAAAAUGUUUAAAUUGUCAUUAAUCUAUUUACUCUUACAUUUUUUAUCAGGCAGUAUCCUUAAGUUUAAUUUUACAUUUGUCUCUGAGGUAGAAUGUCCUCCUUGAACUAACAAGUGUAAUUAAUAUCCUUCAACAAAAGAACUACAGAGAGGAUUCUAAAGCCAUUUUCAUGAUUAUAACUAUUUUGUCCUUUUUCCAGAACAUAUGUAAUUUUAUCUGAUACUUGCGGAAAUUUUCAAAAAUCAAAUACUUUAGUUCAAAAACAAGUCCUAGUUAUAGUCCCUAAUUUCAAGAUUGUUGUUCUGAUCACCACCUUCCCUAAGUAACAUUUUAUAAGGAAGUACCAAGUCUUCUCCCACUGCCUAAACCACUACUAUUUCUAAAAAGAAAAUAUUUUAAUACCAUUCAUUACCAUCUCUUAAUCUGAGUGGAAAUCAGGCCAGUAAAGAGCUUUUAUUUGUCAUAGGAAGGAAAAGCCUGUCACCUCCGAGAGAAGGGAAUUUGUAUUUUGAUUUGAUCAAUCAGAGAUUUAGACUUAACCUUCCAUUUGUUUUGAAUUUGGGUCAAUCAGCAACCAGGGAGUUGAUCCCAUCGGCACUGCCACCCUAAUGGUGCCAGGCUAAUUGAGGAAUUGUGAAGGGAACAGCAUAUAAGGCAAGAUCUGGCAGGAAACAGUGGCAGGGUGGGGUUGGUUCUGAAGCUGAGUUUUAGAGACAGACUAUGGGAGUAAUUCUUUACCUCCUUUCUAUAUUUCCCUCUCUUGUUAUCUUUAUCUUACUAUAAUAAAGCUAUUAGAGCUAAUAACAGUCUUGUGAUUUCAGGGUUAAUUUCUAUAAAAGGCAACCACAGCUUUUCUUUACUCUUAUAAUUUAGUCAAACCCAUUCUGACCAUUACACCUCUCUUUCAUAGGGUUUUUGCCCCCCAUAGAAAAUGGGGUGAUUGUUUGGGUCUAAAAUAUAUGUUCACAAUAAGAGAAAAAGCAGUAUCUAUUAGCUCAUGUGUAUAUACACACACCUGCAAGUAUACAUUCAUAGUAGAUAGACUAACAGAAUUAAAUUCCUUUCUAAUGACCUCCCAACUUAGCCAGUUAAAAAGUAUGUUGAUCCUCUUGAUUAGGGGAAUCAAAAGAGAAUAAUUAAUUUUUAACUGACUUUAAUUUUAUGAAUUUUUUUAAGCCAUUACACUUGGAGUUGGCAAGUUUUGAUGGAAAAAAACUAUUUUGCAUGUAUGCUGCCUACAUAUAUUUCACUGAUGCCAGAAAUAGGUGGAAAAGAUGAGCCACUUGCGUAUAUAAGGCCAUGUUUUUAUUACAUGAGCAAAUCCAGUAUAUUUAUUUGAACCAAAGCCCUCUACUUAGACCUGGAAGUCAUCUAAUUAAGCCCCCUCAUUGUACUGAUGAGCAAACUGAUACCUGACAAGUUGAAUUAACUUGCAAGAGGAGGGAGUUGGGGAGAGAAUUAAACACAAUAGGAGAACCAAGGUCUUGAGCCCUUAACUUCAAACUUCUAGUCUGAUUCUUUUUUCAGACUGCCUUCUGAUAACUAGAAAGGCAUCUUAGUCCAGUGGACCACUGACUUUGAAAUCCAAGAACCUGAAUUCAAAUAUUGCCUCUGAUACCUCCUGCCUGUGUGACAGUGGGCAUGUCACUUAAAUUCCCUGGGCCUCGGUUUCUUCCUCAUUAAAAGCAGAGGCUUGCUGCCUUUGCCCCCAUGCCAUCCACCAUCUUAUGCUUAGGCAAAGGAUCACUCACAAUGAUCCUAUGACUAAUCAUAUAUUCCUGCUAAUAAUUUAUAAUAUGCUUUAAGUUCCACAAGUUUUUGUGAAUAGCAGUUUUGCAUUUCUAACUCCAAUCAUUGUUUUCACUGGAUGACAGCUAUCAUGAUCUCAUUUAAGGGAACAAAUAAUUAUACUUCAAAAAUGUGAGCAGUAUCCGCAUUCAUGAAUUUACUUAUCUCCCUACUGGGAUUUUAGCCUUUGUAAAAGUCUUUAGUCUGACAUACUUUGUGAAAACUGGUUGACAUAUUACAUAAAAACAUUAUGGACUACAAUUUUAUUAUAACAGAGGGCUAAUUUAAUAAAGCACGUAAAAAUCUGUAACAGAGAUUUAGAAUAUAGAUGUCCAUUAUAAUCAAGGUAUUUAUGUUCAUAUCAUGAAUAUAUACUGGAAUUAAAAAGGAAAAAAGAAUUUAUAAGUGUGUACUAUGUAGCAUUUGUAUUUUGUGUAUCUAAAUAAUCCUUAUGUACCUUUGCUAAAGGAGUUUUGUGUUCACAAGAAUGGUUCAUACCACAAUGAUGUGGAGUAUAGUUACAGGCAGUUUUACUCUAGGUGAUGUUUUUAUUUUUAUAGUUUGUAUUAAUAUGGUUUUAGCUUAUAACAAUUAAAGCAUUAUUGGCUGAGUACAUUACAGUAAUUAUUUGCUGAAAUAGAAAUCUGGUCAAAUGACCAGUGUUUAAAAGUAGUCUUCUUAAUUUGAUGCCAAAGUAUAAUAGAUGUCCAUAUCCAUCUAUUGUCUCAUUAAUAUAUAUUAAGUUACUUAAUAUAUAUAUUAAGUCAUUUAAUAUUAACCCAUUCAUCAAAAUAACAAACUUUGAUCUUUAAUUUCUACUGAAUCUCCUUCAGUUCCAUAGCCAGAAUUUUGUGGGUGGUUUUCCAGAAGAGCUUUUUAUGUUAUUUCCAAAAGAGUAAAGUUAAGAACUGAUUACAACUAAAUUCCAAGCCAUUGAAAUGAUAGCACAUCUGGUCCGUUAGCCUGUUGUGGUUCUAUAAACAUACAUUACUUGUUUUCUAAAAUACACUUGGGACUGUAUUGAUAACAGCCCAGUGCCAUAGCUUUUUGGUCCAGUAGACAAAAGGAGAGCUGCAGCUUUAGAAUCAGAAAGACUUGAUACAUAUUGGGUAUAUGACCACUGAUCAACCAGUCACUUAUCCUCUGCUCUUAGAAAAUCUCCAAAACUAUACAUUAGAAUUCUUGUUUUGUUUCAAUCUUUAAAUUUCCAGACCAAAGCAGAUUGUUUUGCUAGUGGCUUUUCGUCAUCUGCACCACUAUCUCCCAAACUUUCCUUUAUUAUAGAAGCAUUGCAGGUUUGUUUGUUUAAUAGCAAUAGACAUAUCUUGGAUCAUCACAGCAAGAAAUUCAAUCUUACCAAAUACAAGCAUUGCUUCAGCAGUAAAUUAGAUAUUUCAUUUUGAUGAGGCAAAUUUGCAUUGGUACCGUAUAUUUAUUUUUAGUUCUUUUUCUGGGCUUUAUUUUUGUAGCAGAUUAAAAUGUUUGACAGUUUAGUAGUCAGAGAAGUUGUUCUUUGAAUUAUUAAAGGUAAUCAGAGGACCUGAAAAAUUCUCUCCAUUAACCCUGAUUAGUUGUGCUAUUUUUGGUACCAUACUUAAGAAAUACAAAGAAAUGAUCUAGAAGUUGCUGUGACUUACAGCCACAGUAUAGGAGAAAAUUUAAAUACUUAUUUAAGCUCUUGAAAACAUUUAAGAAUUCCCAAGGCAAAUUUUAAAGAGAUUUGAAAGCCUUAUUAUACCAUAAAAUCUUUAGUUAAACCUAGUUCUCUGUUAUAUGUAUAAAGGGCCUAACAAGUGUAAAUAUAUAUAUAUAUAUAUGCAUAUAUAUUAUGGACAAAAAAAGGUCAAAAUUGCUAAAAUCUUUUACUUUAGAUAUAAAUUAUCACUUUAAAAAAGAAUUUUUUGUAUGUCAUUCAUGUUAUAAAAGAACAUGAAUGUACAUUUCAGACAUGUACGUGAUUAAGAUUAUUGCUUGGAUUUUACACAUAUUUUCAUACCACUUUUUAAAGCAGUAGAGGGUAAAAGGAAAAGAAAAUAAAAAUGAAGUUUAUUAUGUUCCCAUUAGACAAAAUGCAGCUUAACAAAUGUUAAGUGGUUUUCAUUGUAUUGUAAAUAAGAGCAAUAUUGUUGAAAUUUGUGGAAGUGUAAGAUGUGUACAGAUUUUACAUUUUGUUUUCCUUUUAGCAUUAGAAUUGAAAACUAAGGGCCAUGUGUCUUUUGUUAAAAUUUUAGUGUAAUGUUUUUCAAUGCAGGAGAUUUGUAUUCUUGAACUCUGGAAGAUAGAGGGAAAUAUAUACGUAAAGAUAAUGAAAAAACAAAAAUAUUUUCAGAUUUUCUCCAGUGGCAUUUUGUGUAUUUCACAUGAAACGGUAUUUCAAGGGACUUGGCAUGCAAAGUCAUCCAAACAUUUUGAGGAUUAUAGCUUUGGUUUUAAGCUAGACAACUUUAAAUUAAGUCACUCAUAUACACUGAAGCAAUAAAGUGGUACGGUUUUUUUAAAUUCUAGAAGUCAUGUACAGUCAAAACUAUUUUGUCCAAAUGAUCACAACAUAUUAUUGGUUGUUUAUAAUCCUAAAAGAUUUACUAGCUCAUAUGCAAAGAAACUAAACAGGAAAUCAACCUUUUGGAAUGAUUUUUUAAUGUAGCAAUUCCUCUAGAAAAUAGCAGCCCAGUAGAUCAUUUCAUGUCACUUUUAAAGCUUAGAGGGUAAGUUUUUAUCCCUACUCACAGAAACAUUAUUGUCUUCAUUCUUGUUAUCUGUUAGCAUCUUAGUUAGCUUCCAGUUGUUUUAAUGACCAGUUUUUGGUUUUGGUUUUGGUUUUGGUUGUUUUGUUUUUUAACAAAUAGGUUUUCCUUGAGAGAGAAAUGCUCUAAAUAUUUGUGGGGCUUAUUUUUCCUUUGUCUUGGUUACAGUUAUUCCUUUAAAAAGUAGAACUAAUAUCAGGUUUCCCAGUCCUAGAAUUAUUUUAGAAAUACAGUGAAUUAGAUGUUGUGUUUGCCAUACAUAAAUUAAAUGCUUCAUUACUGAGUGAAAUCUUUCACCCAAGAGGCACUCCUAUUUGAAUGAGCAAAUUCUGAUUAUACUAGUUUAAUUAUAGAGAAGUACCUUUUUAUGUGGAGCCUUCAUCCCCAAAAUCAACAGAAAGACUUUAGAGAGUUGAAGAUUUAAACUUGCCAACUCUGUGCAUUAAAGAGUAAGGAUGAGUUGCAAACAGCCAUGUUCUUUAAAUGGAAAAUUCAUGUUCCUUAAAUCUGUGCACUCCUCUGGAAAUGUUAUGUUCAAGUUUUUUACUUAAGUGAAUACUGGGCUAGAAAAUUUACAAACAUUUUCUUAAGUUUCCUGGCAUUCAUCCAUUUCUAAUGUUUUAGCAGUAUUUUUCUUCCUAUAGAUGGGUUUGAAAUUAGUGGUGCCACAUAAUUUUCUGCUUAGUAAGCCAAAUUUCAGCAUAUGUUAACUGUAAAUUUAAUAGUAGCACUUUAUAUAUGCUUAACUACUGACUUCUUUUUCAGGGGGAGGGGAUUAGAAUUAUGGAAAAAGGAUUAAAUUGAUCAGCAUGUAGCAUUUUUAAAGACAUACCCAAAUAAAAAUGCUUGACAAUAUCAGUUUAUAAUUUGUUGGAUAUCUCUAAAAGUCAGUAACAUCUUAGUUGUCCACCUUUCAGCAAUUUAUUUAACACAAAAAUGGCAAAGGGAUUCCCCUUGCUGAACUCUGGGUUCUCUCAGCUGCAGACAGGCUUUGUUUACUCUGAACAUUUCUGCUUUGCAUUAUUUUGACAUUGCAUAAAUACCUGGAAAUAUGUAUUUUUUGUAUUUGUAACUUAUUUUAGGUUUUGAUAACUGAAGAUAAGUAGAUAAUGUACAAAAGUACAAUUAAGAAAAAGUCCUAACCCUUUUUACUCUUGAGGCACAUGCCAAAAAAUGGGGCGUAAGGGGUUAAAACAGUUUACAUUAAGCUGUUUUGUUUUCUGCUGUAUGUUAGAACUAUCUGCUACAAACAAACUGCCCAGCCCUACAGCAUCAGGACACUGCAGUUACCAUCCAUGUUAUCUUAUCAAAUAAGAAAAACUAGUCUUUAUUUUCUACAGUGUAGGCUUAAUUUUGGGACAGAUAUUUCACUGUAUACUUAACAGUGAUCUCAUUUUAAAUAGUAAUUUUUGAAAAGAGUAUUUGUGUGUAGAGAACCCUAAUGGGUUUUGAUUGUUUUUUUUUUGUUGUUGUUGUUUUUCUGGUGCUAGCCUAUGUGUAAAUAAAAAGAAUAAUCUCAUUCAUAUCCUAAUCAGAACAGAAAUUAUUUCCUGAUCAUACUUUCAUAUUUCUUCUGCCCUUUCUGAUUAUCUGAUUCCACUGAACUGGAUAUUGCCCAGUGACUUUCCCAAGUUUAUAAACUGGUCAUUUCAAAGCUGAAAUUAGUCCUGUGGAUCUCUAGACUUAACUUUUUUUUAAAUGACUUCCUAUUAUUGCAAAAAACUUCCCCCCCCCCACCCCAGAAUACUAUUUGCAUUCAGAGCUUAUUAAAUAAACUGAAAGAGUUUAGUUGAAAAAAUGUAUUAACUUGAAUUUGAUCAACACUGGAAUGAAAUUAUGAAACAUGAAAUUAUCAUUGUGCUUUUUUUUCACUGCAGCUAUUUACUGUAUGCUUUUAAAAGGGGCUUGUGUAUUUUGUCUUCAUCUCAGCAAUGAUGAAAGCUCUUGCCAUCAAUACAACAAAAUAAUAUUCAGAAUACCAGCAGUUCCCAGGAUGAAAAUGCUAAUUUUCAUUAACCAAUAUUGUUUUAGUCUUAAGGACAAUUUCAUUUUAUCACGUGAGAUGCUGUUAAAUGUUUUGUGGCUAUAUUUAAUUUCUGUUGAAAAAUAGUUGUUUAGGUAAAACUUGAAAAAUAUAGUUGUAAAAAUUGUUCAAUUACAAAAUAAAGAUGUGCUUUAGUAAUUUAAA